ACUUGGCUCUAAAGGCAAGGGAAAGAAAGUGCAGGGAUACACACAUACACACACAAACAAACAGAGGCUGAUAAUGGAGCCAGGUUUGCCUGUGUAACAGGGAGAGAUGUUUGGUGGGUGGAUGAAUGUUUAAUAGGACAAAUAAGAGAAAUGUGGUGAUGGACCGCUCAAAGAGAGGAGGCUGAUGAUUGAUUAUCUUUGUUUGUUUCUCCGCAAUAUUUGAUGGACUUUGAAAGAUGUCACCGCAGUUGCUCCCCGAGUUUUGACAUGCGGCUGCUUGCUGCAAUCUCUGAAACUCUCCAGAGAUCUACAUACUACAGUUUGCAAGUUAAACUGGUAUCAAGUGCUCAAGACUAACCUGAAUGUCGAUGAUUUUUCUUCUUGUUUAACGUUCAUAUGGCAUACAGCAUGUACAGUACAUGAGUAUUUGAAUUUACAAGUCACACGCUCACACAUGAACACAGCUGGGCUAAUUCAAAUACUUAGUACACUUUAUACACGGUAACCUUGAAAAGCACAAACACUGUGCAUUCAGUGGAAAGAGACGCGACUCUUUUACAGUAAGUGCCCUGCUUAAACUCUAACGGAUCACACACCGACACACAUGAAAUGUCAGCUAGUAUUUCCAUGAAGCAAUGUGUCAUUAUGCACUUAAGACCAUUAACUGAGAAAAUCCGCAGUUAAAGCUCAUUUUAGUCCACAGUAAAAUGAAGUCACACUUGUUUUUUGUUCUUUAAAAUGCUUUUAAUCACGCAUAUGAAUGCUUCUCUACCUACAUACUCUUCAUUUUCAAAUCGCCCAAAUGCCUCGUCCGCUGUUGGCUCCUGUAUAGCUCUUCUGACACAACUGUGAACAUGGUUUCAAUGUCUUUGGUGCUGUUAUUGAUAAAUUAUAAUAAGCGUCAGUGAGAUGACAGUACUGGUUAUUGUUUUUGUAUAGUGAUUUUUUUUUGUGCUUGAUUUCUUUGUAAUGUACUUGACUUCCUUCUUUAGAUAAUUGGAAAAUUGUGUCAAUUUGUAAACUUGAGUGAAAAUUUGUUUGAUAUCAUUUGUAACAUGUUACAAUGUGCUAAAUGUUAGCACACUUAGCACAUGUUACAAUGUGGUAUUCUUGUGGUUUUUAAACGGGUUUAACCAUGUUAAGAUCAUCCAGUCCUCUUAUUUGGAGGCAACAUGUACCAUGUUCACAGAGCUCAAAACAGUCUUGACUUUAAGAUACAGUUCGUAAGAAUGUUGACUUUUGAGUCUCAUUCCCAACUUGUCAAAUUCUGAUGCUUUGAUUUUCACAACUUGUCCAAUAUUGACGCUUGGGGUUUCAAAGCACCAAUAUCUGAUGAAGUCGGGUCAGGUCGGCUGCCAUCCUGAAGCAUCAGUAUUUGAUGAGUCAUGAAUUCUUACAAAUUGGACCUCUAACAUAGUCUUAUCAUGAACUUUUAAAUGUCUCCUCACGGUGAACAUAAAAAAAACAAACAAAAAACAACGAGAUACCAUUUUGAGAAACUCACAACUUAGCACCACAGUCUUUCACCCAGCUCAUCACUCUCUCAUGUCCAAAAGUCAGAGCAGAAAAUCAGAAGAAAUGUAAGUGCCUUAAAUGAAUGGCAUACAAAAUUAACAUCAACAUAAAAAGUCCUUUUCAAUGCUGCAUGAACACAUAUACACCUCAAAAAACGUAUGUGUCCUCUUAGAUGGCUGCUUCUCAUCCUUUGUUAUAUCUAAUAAACACAUUAAUCACUGUGGAAAGAGAAUUUCUAGUCAUUUGAUGGCUGACAAAGCUGUAUGUGAAAUGAAUUUCCUGUUUUCCCCCUGUUGAUUUAUCUCACAGGAACAUUUAAGAUACAAUCUAUCAUUCCUGAUAUGACUGCAAUGACAUGCUUUUCUCCAAAUAUCUAUUAUGGUCUCGUUAAGUCCACCACAGCUGGCCAAUAAAUCAAAGCUCAGAGGGACCAUCUGUCACUGGAAAUCUGAGCAUUGAGAGAUGGCACGAAUGAUUUGCAGUUUUGAACAUUUCACAAACACAAAAACAAAACUCUUGUUGACAAUCUUCGAUGGUAUCAUAGCACUGACCAUCAUUUAAAAUCUAAUUUUGUGCCCAGGAAGCCAAACAGGCUGACGCGCUUACAUUUAUAUCACAUAAAUCAUUGAUGGAGAGCUAAGACUUAGAAGAAAUCUUACUCCCGUAGGCAUACCAUAAGUAUUUUGCUGUAUUAAGGGCAGGUUAUGUUCAUCGCAGAGCCUUAUGUAUGCCAUAACUUUACAAACCACUGUUCUUUGAGUCAUAUAUUGAUCUUGCCUUCUGCGAUGUUACCCAAUGUUUGCCUUGUGUUCUGUUGUUUCUUCUGCUGUACAUUGAUUUUGCAGAGUGCCACAUGUAAGAUUUUUAAAAUUAUAGAGUAAAAACAAUACUUUUGAGUGGUGGUGUUUGUCUCUUAGUUAUUUGCAAAAACAGCUCAGCUUGACUUGAGGUGAAGAGUUUAUUUACUUAUUUACUUACUUACUUACUUACAGUUUGCUGCCACAGGAGGGAGCUGCAGGUAAGACUGACUCUCUCUCACGAGCCAACUGGCCCCGGUCUGAUAUGAACUGUCUUUUUCAAGGUUGCCUGAGAUCUAAUAAUCAGGCCUGAGAGUUAGUCUCAGCCACUUAGUUUUAAGUGGAGAUGAUUCAGCUUCUCUGGUCUCGGUGUUAUUCCGCACAACAGAUCUGUUUGUGGGGACAGGGGGACCGGCUUCAGCCGUAACAACAGGGUGACACUUCAGCGAGAUCAAAGGGGAUCAAAGUGCAUCAAAGGCGCUCACCUCAGCAGCACUGACAUUUACUUAAGUGGAGAUAAAAGCUCCACUUCAAAAGAUACGCUGCAACUGAAACGCGCACAGUGCCGCGUCGUGUUCGUCAGGUGCUCUCUCCCUCACACACGCGUCCCCACCGUGCGGCGUGACCAGCAGAUGACGUCCGAGCGCCAAGGCGAACAAGCAGAGACGCUCGUCUGCAUCUUGUGCACCUGCGAGCUUCUGUCAGCAGAGCGGACGCUCGCAAACUUGAGGAACAGAACGUGAGGAGAGAAGUCCAUCGGAGGGGGUUUCGGGACACUUUUUGUUUGGAGAAGCCCGGAGAGGUCAGAGAGCAGCGCGCAGAUCAGAGCCGCCUUUAAUCUCAAAGUGCCAGUCGGCCCUGCAAGGCCUCGCCACGGAAGUCCAUUAAUUCUGUAAACUUUUCACACCCCUUAAUGGUCCCGCAUAUCCCACACAUUGAUGUCCGCCGCUGGUGUAAUCAAGCACACUUUGGAGGAUAAUUGCACCCCCUUUGCAAUCAGAGGGAUCAAAUGAAGUGGUUAAUCGACGCAAGUGACUUCAAUCACGUCUUCACACACACAGCCAAAGGGCAGCUGUGCUCCUCGAAUGUCAAGAGGAGCCGGAAUAACCAAGCAGCUUUCAGUAACGCAGCCUCACGCAACUAGUGAAGUUACAAAGGAUUUUUUUCCCCCCUUUAUCUGUGUGUUUGCAGCGCAGCAGAUAAAACAGGAGAAUCAUGCAGAUUCCGUCAGCGCGUCGCUUCUUGGCUGUGUAUCUCACGCUGUUAAGAUACCUCGGGGACGUUUACGCGGGGACGGUCCUCAUGAACUCCAACGCCAUCAAGAACUUGCCCGGUGCUUCGGGGAGCAAAGGCUCCGACACUGUCAGCCCGAGUCCGCGCACCUCUCCCUCCGGAGGAAUGGGACACAAAAUACCCGUGGAUACCUUGCAGCAGUCAGGUGUGUGCACGGAGGAUGAAGACUGUGCAGCGGAUGAGUUUUGCAACGAUGCCCGAGGCGCCUGCAUACCCUGCCGUAAGAGCCGGAAGCGGUGCGCACGGGACUCCAUGUGUUGUGCAGGAAACCGCUGCAGCAAUGGUGUGUGCCAGGCGAAUGACAUUGAUGGUACAGAUGCAUCCAUCCUCCCUGGUGUGCAUAAACACAACAACACCAGCGAGCAUCCCGCCAAGAAGCCUCCCAACGGCCAUCAGACCACUGCUGCGAAAGGCCAGGAAGGGGACACAUGCCUGAGAUCUGCAGACUGCUCUGAGGGUCUUUGCUGCGCCAGACACUUCUGGUCUCGCAUCUGUAAGCCCGUGCUGACGGAGGGCCAGGUGUGCACUCGCCACCGCAGAAAAGGCACUCACGGCUUGGAGCUGUUCCAGCGCUGCGACUGUGGUGAAGGCAUGGCCUGCCGACCAGAGAAAGGAGAGCGGGACCACAGUGUCAGCAGGACAGCAGCCCGGAACCUACACACCUGUCAGAGACGCUGACACAAAUGCGUGGACACACACAGAGACAGAUAAACACCCUCACACACUAUUAACACAAGACACACACUCAGCAAACCAACAAACCAGUCACAUACACUGACAAACACCAGCCUUGCAUACACCUGAGAUGCUGACACACACACACACAUCAGACACCCAACACCUAAGUCAUUCUUUCCUGCCAAAGUUGCUGACACAGACAGCACCCGGAAGGGUCGACAUGAUUCCUGGAAAAGUGAUCCGCCCAGAGGGAUGCAACAGUGCAAGAUGGACUGAUCCGAUUCCCCAUCAGUAGAUGAGGAGUCGGAAGUAAAGAAGUGACAUUUCAGACGUCUUGGGAAGAUCGAUUCAUGUCGUCGGUAAUGGCAGAGCUGUUUUGUUUCUCUUUUUAUGGAACUUCAAGCCUCGGUUAUUGCAGUAAAUUACUGUAUUGUAAAUAUUAUCCUGGAGGUGGCACUUAAUUGAGCUAUUGAAUUCUGUCAACACCAGUAUUAUAAAGACAUGGUGCUGCAUGCAUUGUAAA